UGCAUUCCCUGCUGACCGCCAUGCUGCAGAUCCAAGGCCUCAGGCUAGGGUGAGCGAUGGCCAGGAGCCUUGAGGGUUCAGGGUGUGUCAUUUCUGGGGAGGCCUGGGAGCCUGAAAGUGCACUGGGAGCACAGCCUUGCUUUGCCUUGCUGGCCCUGUGGCCUGGGCUGCCUGCCACCUCGUGGGGCCCUUCCUCCAUCCCCAGCAGGGUUGGCCAUCUGUGUGGCCUCUGCUCGGACCUGAGACAUGACUCUGCCUCUCCACCCACCCACAGUCUGGGUACAGUCUGUCAUCUCAGCGAGCCCAGAGUCCACAUGUUGAACCCUCACACCAUCCUGGCUCACCCUUUCUGGUGGCCCUGGCUCAGCAUGGGGCAGGCCUUCCUAUGAGGUGGGACAGAGGCAGGCAGCUAGGGGUCUGGCAGUGAGAGGCUGGGCGCUGUCUCCCGGGAGGUGGGGCACGGUGUUGAGAGAGCUUGGCCCAUAAGCUGAUAAGUCUUCCUAUCCCAGCGUUCCCCUGGCUUAGCCCGGCUUGGGCAGUGACACCUUCGGUGACCUUGGCUGUGGGCUGUCUUCCCCUGCUGGGGUGGGGUAGAGGUGCUGACUCUGCGUGCUGGCAUUUGUGGAGGAAGCCCUGGGUGAGGCUUGUUGGGGAAAGGGUGGGAGGCACCAGGGCAGGUGAGGGCCCUGGUGAGCUCAGGCCAGCAUGGGCACUGGGGUGCCUGAGCUCUGUGCCGCAUGCGGGCUUAGCCUCCAGGGAUUGCACCUGGCAGGGCAGUGGCUCCUGGCAUGGAGGGUGUCCAGGAUACAAAACCCUGAGAGAGGUGGCCACACAGUCCCUUCAUGAGCGUGUCCCCCUGCCCUUGGCUGUCACCUUCUGGGGGAACGGGCAGUGGGGAGCUGGUGUAGGCCAGGCCUGCCAGGCGGCGGGCCGGGAGGUGCAUCAGGGAGGCCCACUAGGGGCUGGGAUGGAGCUCAUCGAGAGGAGCUGUUUCCUGAGACCGCUGGGAGGAGGCAGGUGGCUGCAUACUCUGGCCUGAGCCCAGCCUGUGGGCCCCUGGCCCUGGGCUGCACCGAGUCACAAGCCGCCUCCUGGUGAAUUUGUCAUGUGCUGUGUGCCACAUGUGGGUGGGGGGACAAGGGCUGGCAGCUGCUCCCUGAUGCAGUCCACACACCUGUAUUGAGCCCUGCCAUGGGCACAGCAAGGCCCUGCACAACAGGGACAGCAGACAGCUCUUCCCGUGCCUACCGCGUCUCGGAGCAGGCCCUGCUCCCAGCCUGCUUGCCAGGACCCGGGAUGCCCUGAACACCCCCCUGCUCCCACAGGCCGCCACUCCAGCACCAGGUCCUGCCCAUUACAGUUCACUUGUCUCUUAGAGCCCCCGCCAUGUCUGCCUCCCCCAGCCCUCGCCUGAGUUGCCCCCUCUCCCUUGGAUGUCUGCAUGCAGGAGCCUCCCCUGGCCUGGCCUCCGCCGGCAGCCAAAGGGACACUGGUGACACUUAGGGCAAGAAACGGUGCUGCUGGCCCAAACCCUGGCUGGCUCCCAACUUGCCCUUUCAGCGACCUCCUACCCUUACUUUUGGCACCAGCCACACAGCCUCCAUCCCAUCCCCCAGAUGGGCCAUGCGUGUUCCCACCUCAGGGCCUUUGCACUGGUCCACCUGCUCUGUCACCACCUGUCCUCGUCUCCACGGAUCAAGCCGGCCCCACCACCUGCACAGACUUGCAGCCCGGCAGGAGCUCCAUUUCCACCUCAGAGCAGGCACCUUCUCUGACUCGCCGUUUAUUUACUGUCUGUGAUCUGGCUUCCGCCCUCCUGCCUGAGCAAGCGCAGGGACUGGGUCUCUGCCUCAUUCCGCAAGGCCCCUCCCAAGCCACAGCUCAAAGCCACGGUUCAGUGAGUAGGUGUGGGGUACCAGGGAGCCCUGACUCAGCUGCCCUCAGCCCCAGGCACCUUGGCCAGGCUCCACACCACAGCCAAUCGCUCCUUCCACAGGCACCUCUGCUCCUGGGACGCCACAUGCAACCACACGCAGACGCUCACAUGCACCAGUACACAUGCAGCUGCACGUGGACACAUUCAGGUAAGGGGCUGGAUGUGCUGCGGGAGCUGGAGCAGUCGAAGGCAGGGGGGCCGCAGGGAGCACACCCGGCACCGGGGACCGGCCCUCCAGCCGUGCUUAGCAGCAUCGCCACAGCAACCAGCAAGCAACCAGACGGCAGCAGCCUAGGCAGACACAAGCAGACGGCUUCCUACUGUCGUCGGCUGAGCACAGGGAAUGACUGCGGCGAAUCGGGCCACACUGCCAGCAAGGGAGGUGGAGUGUCACUAGAGGGGAGGGGCGGCCACGUCCUGCUGCACAGAGCACCAUGCCGGCCGCAGCAGAGGUGCUGGGGCAGGGGCUGCCGUGUGGCUUGGCCUCACCCCGCUGCCAGCACUGAGCAUUUCCAGGCUGGGCUCUCAUCUGUGGGGUGCACCAGCCGCAGUUUGGUGUCCCCCACCGCGGCCGUCCCACCCAGAGGCCAGGCAGAGCAGGCAAGAGGGAGAGGCCCCCGUCCCGUGCUCUGCAUCUGGGCCCGCCGCUGCCGGACCAUGGGAUGUCGGCAAAGCUCAGAGGAGAAAGAGGCAGCGCGGCGGUCCCGGAGAAUUGACCGCCACCUGCGCUCAGAGAGCCAGCGGCAGCGCCGCGAGAUCAAGCUGCUCCUGCUGGGCACCAGCAACUCGGGCAAGAGCACCAUCGUCAAGCAGAUGAAGAUCAUCCACAGCGGCGGCUUCAACCUGGAGGCUUGCAAGGAGUACAAGCCGCUCAUCAUCUACAACGCCAUCGACUCGCUGACACGCAUCAUCCGGGCCCUGGCUGCCCUCAGGAUCGACUUCCACAACCCUGACCGCGCCUACGACGCCGUGCAGCUCUUCGCGCUGACGGGCCCUGCCGAGAGCAAGGGCGAGAUCACACCGGAGCUGCUGGGCGUCAUGCGGCGGCUGUGGGCCGACGCUGGGGCCCAGGCCUGCUUCAGCCGCUCCAGCGAGUACCACCUGGAGGACAACGCGGCCUACUACCUGAACGACCUGGAGCGCAUCGCCGCGCCCGACUACAUCCCCACCGUCGAGGACAUCCUGCGCUCCCGGGACAUGACCACGGGCAUUGUGGAGAACAAGUUCACCUUCAAGGAGCUCACCUUCAAGAUGGUGGACGUGGGUGGGCAGAGGUCGGAGCGCAAAAAGUGGAUCCACUGCUUCGAGGGCGUCACAGCCAUCAUCUUCUGUGUGGAGCUCAGUGGCUACGAUCUGAAGCUCUACGAGGAUAACCAGACGAUUCCAGUCAGGGCGGACGGGGGGACAGUCAGCAGAGGCAGGACCAAGGGGACGGUUUGGGGGACGAUGGAGGCAGAGUACCACACGCAGUACCCUCCCUGCAUGGAGCACCUAAUACCCUGCAGCAGAGUGACCUCAGGAGAUGCCCAGCAGUGUCCUGACUGAGGAGACCCAGCUUAGCCCGGCUGAAUGAGUGACCUCGGGCAAAUCCCCACCAGCAGGGCCACCCAGCCUCAAGCAGCGACUGGUGGGAAACCUGUGACCUACUCAUAGUUCCCCAGAGGCCUGGCUCUUGUGUCCCAGGGCUCCAAGAAGCCAGCUGGGAAAAGACCACUGUGGCCACAGCCGACCAAGGCAACCGGUUCUCAGGUAGCUUCCCACCCACAGCCCAGCAGGAGAGAAGUUAAAGGGGAGGCUGGCUAUGCCACAUGACCCUGAAUUCAGUGCCUGCCUGGCUCCCAGGCCUGUGUCCUGCUUCUCUUUAGCCUUGUCUGCCGAGGGAGGGGCCCAGGAGGUGAGAGGGCACAGUCCUGGGUGAGCUGCAUGCCUGAACCCUGCUCGGCCUUCACCUGGACAAGCUCGCCAGCCUUUGCUUCCUCGGCUGUAAAGUUGGACUGGCGCAACUCAAGGUAGAAAAAGUGCUUGUAGAAGAAGCAGAAAGCCUGGCGUGGGCGUUUUCAUCUGCCCUCUGUGGUCAUGACCAAGUUUGAGCCUCAGGACAGAAAGACAGGGUUGUGACAGUAUCUGCUGUUAACCUGUGGUUGCACAUGGGCCCCCAUGGGGCUCCAAGCUACAGGUGUGUUGCUGUCACAGAGGAGAGUGCAAGCGUAGAGUUUAGACUUUGAGGGGCUCAGCCUGUCAGCAAACCUCUCCCAGCCCCAGCAGCCUCACCUGUCACUGGGAAGACUGUGGGGACCCUUAAGGGCCUGCCAGCCACUUCAUGUUCCUCUCAUAAGACACUGCCACAGCCCCAAGGGACAAGCGAGUGGGCUGAACCCAUGUGCAGGGUGAGGCCUGCCAAGGCCAGUCCCCCACAGAGCAGGCCGGGCACCAGGGCAGGCCUCCUCCGCCAGGCCCAGCCUGGGCUGCGCCGGGCCAGGCUACAAGUGCCCCUCAGGAUGUGGCAUCACAGAGGGACAGAGACCCCCACUGAAUUGGAAAUGGGACAGCGUCUGGCAGGCAUCCAAGCCUGGGCCCAUCAUGCUCCCCUCUGAUGCCCAAACCUGGCAUACAGGUUUUUGUAGCCCAGCUCUGACCAUAGUCCUGGCCUGGGCAUCUCAGAGCAAGGAUGCUGGGGAACUACCAGGCCUAGCACAGGACAAUAUCCUCCAGGGACACCCCAGGCCUCCCUGAGGGCAGGAGGCCUCUUCCCAACAGUGAGGAGCCCACAGGGGCUGAGGGCUGAUUGACCCCCUACUCCCUGUGUGCCUGCCCCGUAGAGCUGCAGGAGACACUAUGUGACCCCAGCCUGGCUUCUGGGCCUGCCCUGUCCCUGCACUGUGUCUACGGUCCCACCCAGUGCUCUGUCCACAGGCACAGCUGCUGAGGCGGUCCCUGACAUCCAGCCCUUGUGCCCUGGCCAUCUCAGAUCACUCAGUGCCAGCUCUGCCCUUGGCUUAUCAUAGUCCUUUUUCCUAGAGUAUCCUGCCCACCUGGGACCUGGCCUGAGUAUCACCCUGAACUGUCUUGUGUUCUCCCCCAGCACCCCCUGUCCUGGGGGGAGACAUGUCCACAUCCACGGGGGUGGUGCGGGUGAGGACAGGUGUGGAGGUGGGUGAAGUGUUUAGGGGCCCAUCUGGGAGGCAGUGACACCUGAGCUGCAUGACCUGAAGGCCAAGAUCAUCCUUGUAGCGAAGAGCGUGGGCACAGGAACUCUCUGUGAAUAGGGCUGAGAUGCUGGGGCCAUGCUGGUCAGGACGAGCACCAUCAGCUGCUAGACGGGAGCCGUGUAGGGCACGCCGAUGACAGGGACAGCGCCGAUGACAGGGACAGCACCGCGAGAGGCCACUCUGCUUUCUCGUCUGUUUUGUAAUUGCUACUCACCACCCACUUAAUGGUUUUUACAAAAUCCACCAACAGGUUGCAGCCUGCAGUGUAAACCCAGCAGCCCUGGGGAUGGUCGAGUCCAAGCCUUGAUCCCUCUCUAGAUGGUUUCAUCUCAUAAAGCCACCAGUUGGCUCAGGUGCCUGUUGCCACUGAGGCCUAGAAAGGGGAUGAGAUGGCCCAGGAGUCCACAGUCUGGGGCCAUCCCAAGUGGGGCAGUCCCUGCUGCUGGUGAGGGCUUGGAAGUGGCCAAGCUGUGCACAAGCCUCCCCAAGUGACCCGUUAGCUACUGUUUGUACAUGUUGUGACCAGAUCUUGGACCAGGGAUGCAGAAGCUGUUUUCUCUCCUAGAGCAGCUGCUUAGGAAAGGCAGGAAGCCCUUGUCCUUGGCACUGUGACCCCUCCAUGCACUUCUGACAGCUUCUCCAAAGGGCCCCUCAUGGCCUGAGCCAGCUGCUGCACUCGGGGCUGGAUGAAGCCUCUGGCACCCCAUACCACACACAUGGUCACAGCAGCACCUGGGAGCCAUGGAGGGUCCCAGGGGCCUUGGAGAGUCCGUCUGGACGGCCCAGGUUCAGGGCAGCCCAACAGCACCGCCCUGGGCCCCCCCUCCCCGGCUCCUGAGGAAUUAGAGUGAUUCUCAGAGAACGCUGUGGGCUCAGAGCUGUGGAGUGCUGUGUGUGUGCUGGCUGACGACAGAAGAGAUGGCAACGGGAGGCCCAAACGUGAGCAGGUGGCACAGAGCCUGGCCAGGGCACGGCAUGCGUGACCUUUAAGCCUCCCAGCCUGGCAGAGGGUCCCCUACCACACAGAUGAGGAAACUCCUUCUAAGAAAAGUUGCCCCAGUGGCAAAGCCAGGGCCUUCCCAACCUAGAGGUCCCUCCACUGCCUCCUGAGGAGGACCCUUGGCUGGCCACUGCCCAGAGAGCUGGGCAGGCCGGGAGGCAGCCACCCUUGCUGUUGCUGAGGCUCACCCCAGCCCCUUCCAUGCCGAGGAGACCCAAGGCUGAGGUGCUGCGGGUGGCAGGAAGAGAGCACUCUGCUGUUUCUGGCAGGUUCAGAGCAAGACGCUUCAAGCUAUUAGAGCCUGAGCUUUAGCAGCCUGUUACCUUAUUUAAACAGCCCUUGCUGUUUGAAGUGGCGGCCGGCCUGUGCUGUUACUAUGAGCACUGCAAGGCACAGUCGCGGGGGGGGGCACAGGCCAGCAGAGGCUCUCACUUCCAUGCACCCCUCCCCAGCUCCCACCCCGGAGAAGCCCCUUCUGUCGCUGGCCUCAGUGCUCCGAGUGCUGCAGGGCUGAGAACUCCAUAAAAGGGGCUCCUCCUUCCUGCCUGGGAUGGGUAGGAGCCGGGAGAAAAGCUGACAGAGCAUCAGGUGAGUAAGGGAGAGGCCUGGCCCCCCUCUCUCAUCCCUGGGGAGAGGUCAAUUGCCCCAUGAAAACCUGAGUCCUGGGAGUGUCUGGGGGCUCGGGGUGCAGCCACCCCAAGUUGCUAAUCUUCCUUUGUGAUGCCAUAAUCUCCACUUUAGCCAGGUGAGUCCUGUGCAUUCAGGGCUCUGUCUGCAGGUGUCACAGCUGGGGUGUGGGGGCACAGCCAGCGCAGGACCCAUGCAGUGUUCCCUCCAAGAAUCACACAAGCCCCCGGGGGGUGGGGGGGAGCACAGCAGUGGGUCAGGGCCAGGGGCCUUGGGACACAGAACCCCAGGGCAGUGACCCCAGGGUGCUAAAUCAGGAAGAUAAAAGCCAAGGCUUCCUCCGCCAAAGUGCAGGCUCAGAGAGUUCCUGGUCGUUUAGAGCCAGGGAGCACUUGCUUAUCUAUCAACACCUUUCCAGUCUGCUCUUCCAGACUGACCACUGAACCACAAGGCAGCAGUGAACAAGGACAGGCCAGCUGUCACUGGAAGGCCAGGCCUGCUAGGGAGUGGGGAGACCCAACCCUACCCCCUUGAGCCUCUGGUGGGUGCCCAUCACCUCCCCCAGCCACACCUCAGGCUCUUCACAAAGGGCCCUGCCCCCUCAGCCCCUCUGGGCAGAUCCAAGGGGGGCUGCGCCUGCGCUGGAGGACACACAGGAAGAAGGGAGCAGCCAGGCAACCCGGCCCCUGUUCACGGCUGCCACGGCAAACGCCUGCAGCACGCACCGUGGCCCUGCCCUGCCUGUCAUCCGCACCGAGCUGGAGAGAGCAGUCCCCAGACAGACAAAGCUGUGCUCCCAGGCAGAAGUCAGGUGGUGCUAAGAGCUGUGCAGUGAACAAAAGACAGGCUCAAGAUUGACACGGGGGAUGCUUCAGAUGGGGGGCUGCAAGCUGACCGGCUGUGUGAGCCCAGAAGAAGAGCAGUCCAUGCAGAAAGACAGCACAGCAAGGGCCUUGGGUGGCGAGGGCAGGAGGUGGGUGGGGGGGCCGCGAUCCUGCCACAAAAGCCACUGGAGGCCUUGCACAGGGUGGGUGGGGCAGUCACAGAGCAGAAGGAGGGAGAUGAGACAAUGACCGCGGUGGCAGCAGGAAGGAGAGUGUCCCAGGUGCCGUCACACGACAGAACCCAUGCAGACCUCCUGGCCCAGUGCUGGGCCCUACACAUGCUGUGUCCCGGGACCAGCUCCCCAAGCAUGCUGACCCGGCCGCCCACCUGACGGGCGCGGUCUGGGUGCCUUCUCCCUUGGCAGAGGUCGGCUCCAGCUACCUUUGGUGGCAUGGCAUGCUGCUGGCCACCCUAGGUGUUUAUGUCCUCUGCCUGCUGGAAGGGUGGCACAUGUGUCCCUCCUCUGGUGGACUCAGUGCUCUGACAUCAGGGCUGCGCCUCACUCCUGUCCCUUCAGGCAGGAGAGUGCUCUGUGUGCAAAAGGAGCUUAGGAGGUGUCUCUGAGUGACUACCUGGGGUCCAGAGGAAAGGCACUGGAGGGGUACCCCAGGUGUCUAGAGAGGCCGGCCUUGCAUAUGGCACAAGUCCAGUGUGUCCUCUUAGGAAGAGCAGUGUCUUCAUGAGGCCGGGCCAGUGCCUGGCUGGUAGAGGGCACUGGGCCCCAGCUCAUUAUUGCCUGUUGACCACAUUUCUGUUGUGACUCAUUUCACAGUCACCCCAAAUAACUGCUGUCUCAUGGCUUCCAGGGCCCAGGUCUCAGGGGAGAGGUCAGGGAGAAGUAAGGUGCCCGUGGUGGGCCUGGCAACAGAGCCCUGGGAGCCAGCCCUGUGGGGGGACAGAGGCUGGGCUGGGCCUGCCCUCCCAGGGGCCCUUGCUCUGGCCCCCCUCCCUUUAGGGCUGCGUCCUGCCUUGCUAAGGGAUCAGCUGCUGCUCCUUCCUGGGCUUUUAGGAGUCAUGAAACUAAAGUGAGAAAGGCGUUCAGGCGGAGGAGGGGUGGGCGCCAAGCUGAGUGUGGGCCUCAGGCCCAGGAGGCCCUGAGAGCAGUGGUGCCCAGGGCCUGCGUGCGAGGAGCCUGUGGCUGGCCCCGGAGACAGGACGAGGCAGGCUGUG